AUAGCACGCGUUGCACAUACUAUCCAUGGCAUCUUCGUCCAAGAGUAGUCUUGCAGUGUUCGGCCUGGCCAUGGCCAUGGCCGUGGUGGUGGCGUCGGCGCAGAACACCCCUCAGGACUUCGUGAACCUGCACAACCGCGCGCGCGCCGCGGACGGCGUAGGUCCGGUGGCGUGGGACAACGCCGUGGCCAAGUUCGCGCAGGACUACGCGGCGCAGCGCUCCUGGGACUGCCGGCUGCAGCACUCCGGCGGGCAGUACGGUGAGAACAUCUUCUGCUACAUGAUAUUCAAUUAUGAUAUCAUUGUUGAGAUUGUCCACUAGUGAAAGUAUGAUCUUUAAGCCUUGUUUC